AAUUAAACACUUGUACCCCGUAAUGUAAUUAGGAACAAUUUACGUUUUUUCGUCAACAAAUCAAAUCCAAGUCAAUAACGCUAGACGACUGUUGUUGUGUUGUGUAUCGGAUGUGUGUGUGUCUGUAACAUGGACCAGUUUCCUUUGUUUUCAAUUAACGAAGACUUUUCAAAUUCAAAUUUGCAAACAUUUGUCUCACCAGUAACCGAAUCAACUCAAAUCAGCACAAAUUGAAUUUAGUUGGUUUGUUGCUGUGUUGGACGUUGGGUUUAGGCUUGGAGACGACGAAACCCAAAAAAUGGAUUUCGAUAACGUACUUACAGAAGUUGGAUCCUUUGGAUUGUAUCAGAAAAUCAUUAUAUGCGCUGUACUAUUGCCGGCGGCCCUGCCCUGUGCAUUCCAUGCUUAUAGUCAAUUGUUUAUUGCAGCAACACCCAAACACUGGUGCCGCACUCCAGAGCUGGAGCCAUGGGUUCAGGAUUACACGGAAUUGGUCAUGAAUUUGAGUAUUCCCAUUAAGAACGAUGCAUACUCGGAGUGUCACAUGUACGCCAGGAACUAUUCAGAUAUUGUACGUUAUUUGGAAUAUCGUACGCCACUAGAAUUGCAACGUGAUAAGGUGUGGCACAUCGGAAAUCCAAGAGGUUCAAACAUGACAACAUGUCAAUACGGAUGGCAUUACGAUCGAUCUCAAUAUCCUGUAACAGUCGUAACGGAGUGGAAUUUAGUAUGCGAUCGGAGUUAUUUGGUAACAUUGGCUCUGGUCAUCUUUGGCAUUGGAGGUCUCGUCGGCAAUUAUAUAUUCGGAUACUUACAGGACAUGUGGGGAAGACGUCCUUCGUUCUAUGCCUAUUUAUUGCUAGAAAUUGUUGCUUGUGCUGCCAGUGCGAUUGCUUGGAAUUUUGAGGUGUGGUUAGGAUUACGAUUUGUUGUGGGCCUGACUGUACCGGCGAUACUGGCAAGUCCUUACGUGUUAGCAAUUGAAAUGGUGGGUCCGGAAAAGAGGGUUUUUUGCACAAUUGUCUCCAAUAUUGCCUAUUCGUGCGGAUUGGUUCUGCUGGCCGGUGUCGUUUAUAUUGUGCGAGAUUGGAGAUAUUUAACAUUGGCUGUUUCACUGCCAUUGCUUUUGCUAUUUUCGUGUUUUUUCGUUUUACCCGAGUCACCUCGUUGGUUGAUGGCCGUCAACCAGCCGCGCAAAGCUGCCAAGGUCUUGAAAGUUAUGGCUCGUGUAAAUGGCAUAACGGUGGUGCCGAAUUUUGUUAAUAUCGUCGAAGAACGAUUUCACAGGGCCCGUGGUCCAAAUGAUUCUGCCACCUCCCAUGGCAUAUUGGAUUUAUUUCGAACCAAAAAUAUGUUCCGCAAGACCAUGAUUAUUACAUUGAUUUGGUUUGCCAAUACCAGUGUCUAUGUGGGUUUGAGUUAUUACGCCCCUGCCCUGGGAGGUGACGAGAUAUGGAAUUUCUUCUUGGCUGGGGUAGUAGAGCUACCAACAUACAUUUUGUUAUGGCCAGGGCUUAACUACUGCGGCAGACGUUCUAUUCUUUGCAUAUCCAUGCUGUUGGGAGGCAUUGCAUGUGUCACAACAUCCGUCUACAGCGAGGAUACAAAAAUUAUGCUCAUAUUGUACUGCAUUGGCAAGAUGGGUAUCUCAUCCGCGUUUGUGGUAUUGCCAUUAUUGGCAUCUGAAAUCUAUCCAACCGUGGUCAGAGGUCUGGGUAUGAGUUUUAGCUCUGUCAUCGCAAUGAUUGGUCCCAUCGUUAUACCCAUUAUUAAUCAUAUGGGUCAAGAAAUGUUGGUGUUGCCAUUGAUCAUCAUGGGAGGCCUAUUGAUCGGUGGUGGCAUUUUUAGCCUUUUCUUGCCAGAAACACGUGGAAAGAGCUUACCCCAAACAAUCGAGGAAAGCGAAUCGAUACCCUUAAGUUUUCUGCCUCGAUGUUGUGGUGGAAGUAAAGUUCCUAAAAGUAAUCUGGAUAAAAGUACAAAUAACCGAAGGGAUUGCAAUAAUAGUGGUAGCCACAUUGUCUGUAGUAUAUGUAAAUCGGAAAUUAGAAGUCGUAGAGUAUAG